AUGGAUAUCGAACACCAAGAGACUAGGUUUCCACCACUAACUGCCAGCGAUCAAGAGCGAAAGCCCGCAAAGAUACUGAGCCGCGAAGAGAUGGAGAGCAACAAUGAAGGCAUGUUUGUGAAGCUCAAGGUUGCAAAGCCGGAACCUUUAGGCCAAAACCCUCAAAACUUUUCUGCUGCUCCGCUGCCGGAAUUUACCCGAUUUUGCGAGGUCUGCUUCAAGGGUUUCAGCUCAGGUAAGGCUCUCGGAGGCCACAAAAGAAUGCAUGUUCAAGCUAACAGGGAAUUGUUUAAUCAGUCUCGCAAGAACACGAUUUCAUCAAAACCCAACAAUUCGAAACCAAGCAAUUCCAAUGUUGGAAGCUCGAAUGCUGGUGGGGUUUUGGGGAUUGGAGGAAAUAGCAGCACCAUCAGCAAUAUGAAGCCUGUUUGUUGCGUUUGCGGCAAGAAUUUUCCGUCGAUGAAGUCACUUUUUGGGCAUAUGAGGUCGCAUCCAGAGAGAGAGUGGAGGGGAAUUCAGCCGCCCCCGACCGCCAAAAACAGCUCUUCUUCCACUGUGUCAGAUGCUGUGCCUGAUCAGAGUAAUAGGAAAGCUCAGGAGGAUCAGAUUGAGUCUGAUGAGACUUUUUUCAGGUCGAAAAGUUCGGUUCUUAAUCUGUCCAAGACUCUGCCUAAAUGGUCACAAACCGCAAGGAGAGGGAGGAAGAGCGGCAGCACGGGAUUUGAGUCCAACUCUGACCAGUCCGUCUCCGGAUUGGAUUCGAGAAGUCCCAGGACUGUUGAAGAGGACGAAGAGCAGAUGGAGGAAGCUGUCCAUGAUCUUUUGAUGCUAGCUCAGGCCAAUCCAUUGGAAGGAGGAGGAGCUGAUGAGACCAUGUAUGAGGUCACCAACAGCAAUUUCUUGAUCACCACCAAUCAGGACCGAGAGGGUGGACUUCCAUACCACGGACACACUGCACCCUCCACCGUGGGGUCCACAAACAAGAGGAAGGGAGCAUCAUCUGAGGUGAAGAGGAGUGAGAAAAAAUGGUAUGAUGCAUAUGGUGGUGGGUUUGGUCAAGAAAAGUCAACGGUGAAGAAUUUCUUGAAGCUUGGAUUAAUGGAGGAGGAAAAUAUUGGAAACUAUAAUAAUAUGGAGGAUGAAUUGUCAGACAGUCAGAAUUCUGAGAGCAUUGCGGUGGUGAGGAGGAAGAGGAGGAAGAUGAAGUUGGUGGACUUGGAAGGAAGGCUGAGGUACAAGUGCAAUCUCUGUGCGAAGUGUUUCCCGAGCCACCAAGCUCUGGGAGGACACAUGUCAAGCCACAACAAGCUCAAGGGGAUCACGGUGGCCCACUCAUCAAUGGAGGACCAGUCUGCAUCCGCUGACGAUCCGGCUGCUGAAGAUAGGGUGCAUGGUGAUGAAGCAGAAAGAGUAGCACUUGAUCAUCUGCAGCAUCACCAAUGCAAAAUCUGUAACAAGACCUUCCCAACAGGUCAGGCUUUGGGGGGUCACAAGAGGUGCCACUGGACUGGCCCCACUGAGCAGCAGCAGCAGCAGGUGGUGGUGGUGGGUCCUUCUGAGCAGCUACAGAAGCAGGUGGUGGUCGUGGGUCCUUCUGAGCAGCUACAGAAGCAGCUGCAAGCUCAUUCCAGUCAGACUAUAGUAGGUGGUCGUGGUGGAGGAAAAGUUUUGAACUUUGACCUAAAUGAGCUUCCACCAAUGGAGGAGGAUAACCAGGAAGGUGCAGGUACAGAUUAUCAGUAUGGUGGGGCAGCAGCAGCAGGAUGUUCAACUUCUUCUUAUAAUUCAGUUACUAAUUAG